CCACAGCGCCUCCCCGCCGGGCCCUCACCUGGCCUCUUCUUUUCCAGCAACAAACCCCUGAUGAUCAUCCACCACUUGGAGGACUGCCCGCACAGCCAAGCUCUCAAGAAGGUCUUUGCUGAACAUAAAGAUAUACAGAAAUUGGCUGAAAAAUUCAUUCUCCUGAACCUUGUGUAUGAAACCACAGACAAGAAUCUUGCACCUGAUGGCCAGUAUGUCCCUCGGAUUUUGUUCAUAGAUCCUUCCCUGACUGUGAGAGCAGAUAUUACUGGAAGAUACUCGAACCGUCUCUAUGCCUAUGAGCCCUCUGACAUUUCAUUGUUGUAUUCAAAUAUGCAGAAAGCACUGAAGCUCCUGAAGACUGAACUGUAAGGGGAAGAAGGAAGCCCUUAAACACUAUGAAUUCUGAUCUUCAUCUCCUCUCCAUUCACUGAAACUGGUGAAGAGACCAUGUAAAGUGAUACUUAGUGAUGUGUAGUGCUGGUUUAUAUACAUGAACACUACAGUUUUACAUUAGCACUUUUGUACUGGGUAGCAUUUUUCAAAGCUGGAAGCUUUUAGUUUAAGGCAUACAGAGGGUACUGUAUGAUCCAACUGUAAAAAUGAUUUUUUUAAAAAAAUAAAUCCAUUUCAAGUGUUUACAUACAA